AUGGCAACAAAAUCGUAUAUUCUUCUUGUAGUUGCUUUUCUUUCAUGUCAUCAAUUGUUGAGCAUUCGCGCGGAAUUGGAGGUUAAAGUUAGUACUAAAGAUGAAACACUACAUAUUGAAGAUCAAUGUUCAAAUGUAAAAUGUAAUGAAAAUGAAGCAUGUAUUUUAAAUAAAGAUGGUGAAGCUGAAUGUGUUUGUAUUACAGAAUGUGAAGAUCCUAAAGACAAACGUUUAAUGAUAUGCACAAAAGCUAAUCAUACAUAUACAUCUGAUUGUGAAUUCUAUCGAAUGCAAUGUUGGUGUCGAAAAAAUGAUGAACAUUGUACACGAAAAGAAUCUGUAACAGAUGCAAUUGAUUAUUUUGGACAAUGUCAAGAUCUUGGUGUUUGUACCGAAUUUGAAUUAGAAGUUUUUCCUAAACGAAUGAAAGAAUGGCUUGGUGAAAUUCUCGAUGCAUUGUUUGUUCGUAAAGAUCUUGAUUCUAAAUAUGAAACAUUAGUUAAUGAAGCACGUAAAAUGAAAUUAUCAAAUACCGAAAAAUGGUGGCGUAAUGCUGUACUUUGGGAAUUUUGUGAACUGGAUCGAACACACGAUAAUGUGGUAAAUAAUGAAGAAUUAGCUCGUUUUAUUCGAUCACUUAAAGUUCUUGAGCAUUGUAUUCAACCAUUUUUGGAUCAUUGCGACACGGAUAAUGAUAAUAAAAUUUCAUCUGAUGAAUGGGGUACAUGUCUUGGCCUUGACAAAAAUGAUAUGGCUUUCUUAACGACCUUUUGCUCACAUUAA